CAAGGAGACAGGGAGGCCGGGAGAGAGGCCCACAGAGCUAGAGGGAGGGAAAGGCCGGUCCUGUCCUGUCCUGUCCGGUUGUGGAGCAUGGCCCGGAGGCCCGGCGUCGUGCAGGGCUGCCUGGUGUCGGCAGCGCUUCUGUUGCUGCUGCUGCUGCUGCUGCCACCCUCGGGGAAGGCUUCCCGGCAGAGGCGGCAGCAGGUCCCGGAGUCGGCGGCGGCGCACCGCUGCUUCUGCCAGGUCAGUGGUUAUCUAGAUGAUUGCACCUGUGAUGUGGAAACCAUCGACAGCUUUAACAAUUACAAGCUUUUUCCAAGACUACAGAAACUUCUGGAAAGUGACUACUUUCGAUACUACCAGGUGAACCUGAAAAAGCCUUGCCCUUUUUGGAAUGAUAUCAGCCACUGUGGGAUAAGAGACUGCGCAGUGAAACCCUGCCAAUCUAAUGAAGUUCCCGAUGGGAUUAAAUCUUCAAGUUAUAAGUAUUCGGAAGAAGCCAAUAAUCUCCAUGAAGAAUGUGAGCAGGCUGAGAGGCUAGGAGCUGUCAAUGAAUCUUUGAGCGAGGAAACACAACGAGCUGUUCUUCAGUGGACCAAGCACGAUGAUUCGUCAGACAGCUUCUGUGAAGUUGAUGAUAUACAGUCACCUGAUGCUGAGUAUGUGGAUUUACUCCUAAACCCAGAGCGAUAUACAGGCUACAAGGGACCGGAUGCCUGGAAGAUAUGGAAUGUCAUCUAUGAGGAAAACUGUUUCAAGCCACAGACAAUUAAAAGGCCUUUAAGUCCUUUGGCUUCUGGUCAAGGGAAAAGCGAAGAAAACACCUUUUACAGCUGGCUGGAAGGCCUCUGUGUAGAAAAAAGAGCUUUCUACAAACUCAUUUCUGGUCUCCAUGCGAGCAUCAACAUUCAUCUGAGUGCCAGGUAUCUUUUACAAGAUACUUGGUUAGAAAAGAAGUGGGGACACAAUAUUACUGAAUUUCAGCAGAGGUUUGAUGCAGUUCUGACUGAAGGAGAAGGGCCAAGAAGGCUUAAGAAUUUAUACUUUCUCUACUUGAUAGAAUUAAGGGCUCUCUCUAAAAUAUUACCAUUCUUCGAGCGUCCUGAUUUUCAGCUCUUCACUGGAAAUAAAACUCAAGAUACAGAGAACAAAGAAUUACUCCUGGAAAUACUUCAAGAAGCCAAAUCUUUUCCACUGCACUUUGAUGAGAAUUCAUUUUUUUCUGGAAAUAGAAAGGAAGCUAAUAAACUCAAGGAGGACUUUAAGCUACAUUUUAGAAACAUCUCACGAAUCAUGGAUUGUGUUGGUUGUUUUAAAUGCCGUCUUUGGGGAAAAUUACAGACUCAGGGUUUGGGUACCGCUUUGAAGAUCCUAUUUUCUGAGAAGCAGAUAAAAAACAUUCCAGAAAGUGGCCCUUCUUAUGGAUUCCACCUCACAAGACAAGAAAUAGUAUCGCUCUUUAAUGCUUUUGGAAGAAUUUCAACAAGUGUGACAGAAUUAGAAAACUUCAGGAAUCUGUUGCAAGAUAUUCAUUAAGGAAAGGAUUAUAUUAAAGUGUACUUUUUGGGGGAAAGAUGAAUGAUCAAAAAUGAUAGGUUGCUUAUGUGGAACAAUAGUAAUGGGAGCCUUCUGGGAAUCCAUUUUAUACAAGGCUAUGUUUUGUAAAAAUUGUUUAAAGUGUGUAUAUUGUAUAAAUUGAAGGUGACAGGGAUGCUGAAUAAAGGCGGGACUGAAUCACAGGAGGCUCCAUGAGGGCUAGGUUUGGAUUUUUUUUACUCAGACUACACAGCAAAGCCAGAUGUCGGCUGCAUUCGUCGCAUCUGAAGAAAACUUGAUAAGAACAAUGCUGCCACUGGAUUAUUAGGACUCAUUACCAUAAUUUGCAACACAAUGUAUUUGUCCAAACUCACCCCAGUGACCAGUUGUCUCCUGCAUUUUGAAGAUUCAGCGUCGGACCUUCCAAAGAAGCCAACGGUCCCGAAAAGUUUGCCUGCUAAAUGUUGAAAAGUUUCAUGCCCCGUCUGUUGAAGUAGCUCAUUUGCAGCAGCCCUAUGGAUUAUGUUUUUGUGCUUUCCUGUCCCAAGUUUGGUCGCUUUUCCAGGACUCCCAGCUCAAUCCCCGGCUCUGACCAGGACUCUCCUACUCUGUUUUACAAGGAUGGCAGGGAAAGGCAUCAGAGCGGCAGCAAGAGUCUGGCCCAAGCUACUCUCCCCUCUCUGCCCUCCAGGGUCAAUUCUCUAUUAAUUACCAUUAUGGUACAAGUCUUUGGAUGAGGCAUACAACAGAAGACAGCACUAGUUCGUGGUAAUAUUUGCAUUCACUUAUAUCUUGAAAUGGCUUGUGGCUGAUUUUUGAAAAUACCCUCCGCUUUGAGGUGAAACAACAGUACAUGCCUAUUGUGUACUAUAGAGCCAAGGGUAGUUCUUGAAAGAAAGCCCCCACUCUUUAAAAUAAAAUUGGGCCAGAGCCUCUUUCACAAGUUACCACUUUGGUUUGCAGGUUUAAAGGCUUAAGUCUAUUACAUAACAGGCUGUAGUUUUCUUGAUAAGUAAUAAUAAUAAUGAUGGCGUUUAUUAAGCGCUUACUAUGUGCAAAGCACUGUUCUAAGCGCUGG